GUCAGUUAACGGUCAGUGUGCUUAGUGCGAGUUUUUUAACGCUCUCGAUAGCGUAAAAGUUGGCUUAUAUUUGUAUAGAAUGGGAUCGUUCGCCUACGUUUGCCCGCUAAGGACGCUGUUCCAACUGCAUACAAAAUUGGGCUAACUUUUACGCUAUUGAGAACGCUAAAAAACUCGCACUAAGCACACAGGACUGCUGUUCAAUUCAAUACACAUAUGAUACGUCCCAAAGUGGAUGGCGACAUUGACUCCGAUAACCACUCCACAACAAGUAGCCCGUGAGCUUGUUCAUCGAUCAACACAAUAAAAAAGUAAAACAAGAAUAUUAUAAUCACUUUACGACCGAUUCCAGGAGACGCACGUCAAACCUAGAGUUGGAUUGCGGGCUUCUCUCGGCUUUGGUUAGUCGGUCCGUAGUCGGGAAUCAGACUUCGCGCAAAUAGCACGUCUUCUUUACAAAAUUAUUAACAGACCGACGCGGUCGCCUUACUCUUAUCGCGGUAAAAAUGAUACAUCAAAUUACCUCACUACAGGCAAGAUAACGGAUACUCGAACAGUGAUAAUCUUGUUUUAAACUCAUUUCACACGAAUUUUUAUUGUUACUCAUAAUCAAAAUCGCGAAAAAUAGUUUUGUCCGCAAAACAUGGUACACUUACAUCAGUAGUGUCUUGUGCACAAUCGACGUUACAAUAAAAUGAAAUACCUACUUCUGUACCUAGUGUUAGUCUCGUUGCUUGUGUGGUGUUAUUGUAACCCGUGUACUGAAUUCGAGAGUGUGGAUAUAACAACGGGUGUGGUUCACGCGAAUGGCUCUAUCACACACGACAAUGUGGAGUAUGGUCCAGGCCGAUGGUAUAAGGGGGAGCUUGAAAACGGCGCGACGGUCACAUACGGAUGUCCUUGUAUAGAUCAUGUCUGCAUUAACAAAUGCUGCGGACGUACACAAGCUUUCCUAAAUCGGUCUUGUGAGAAUACCGACUCUGAUACCGUGAACCCUUUCAGUCCGACAGUUUAUAAAGGAAGAGUGCCGACGAAUGUGACAGCAUCGGAGCAUUUUUACUACUUUUACAGAAGACCGUGUAACGACAGCUAUGGAGUUGACCCGAGUUCGUCUACAGAAGAAUUAUUUAUUCAAGAAAAUGGAACCCUGUACGAGGUGGCCCAAGGCGGUUCGCAAUGGCAUCCAUCAAGUCGGUAUUGCGUGGACAUGUCAAUAUACAACAAUUCGGUUGCGUCCUCGCUGGUGGCUGCCGUCUGCUACCCUGACAGCGUUAGCAGCGACGACAACCACACGCUUUACAUCGCGUAUGCCGUUGGUCUUCUCCUGUCCGUGCCUUUUCUCCUCGCUACGUUCCUGGUAUACGCCAUGAUCCCUGAGCUGAGGAACCUACACGGCAUGUGUCUGAUGGCGUAUUGCGCGGGAUUAAUCGUCGGCUACCCCUUCCUUUCGUACCUGAAGCUGCACGUUGGCAGAAUCGGAGCCAAUAUGACAGGAUGCAUUGUGUCUGCUUUUUUCGUGUACUACGCGUUUCAAACAACUUUCUUCUGGCUAAACGUAAUGUGCUUCGAUAUAUGGAGGACUUUCAGGUUCGCCAGGCCCUGCACAGCGAAUGACACCGCCAAACUCGGUUAUCGUGGUGGUAGCAUGAACAAGCGCCGUGAAACGCGAAGGUUUGCUAUUUACGGCAUUUACGCUUGGGGGGUACCAGCUUUGCUAACAGCCUUCACGAUGAUAAUGCAGCUGAGCGAAAAUAUACCAAGUUAUCUAAUUACCCCGGGAUUCGGUCAAAGAAAAUGCUGGUUUGUUGAUUUCAAAAGUGAACUGCUGUAUUUCUACCCUUCAGUACUUACCUUAGUUGUUGUAAACGUAAUUCUUUUCUCCGUGACGGCGUAUCGUAUUAGAUCUAUCCGACAAGAAACAGCUAUUUUAAAGGGAUCUGAAUCUUCGAGGAGUGAUAAAUUGAAAAAAGAUAAGCAAAGGUAUUCUUUAUACUUGAAAUUGUUUGUCGUUAUGGGUGUGAAUUGGACAAUCGAGGUGAUAGGCUUCGCAGUCGGCGGAUCUAACUACUACUGGAUUCUUAUAGACAUAUCGAAUAUCGGGCUUGGAAUCUUCAUAUUUUUAAUAUUCGUUUGGAAAAAGAAAGUCAGAAACCUAAUAAGGAAAAGAUUUCAACAAAUCCGAGGUCAACGUGUUUCUUCUGACGGACCAGGAAUAAAGUGGACCACCAGCUCUGCACCCACAGAGGACACACGCGUAUCGGGCGACGAAUCCCUGAUAAGAUUAAAGGAAUUGCGUUAGUGGAGAAAGAGAUAGCAUGACACGUUCGAGCCAAAGAAUUCUCAUGACGCCUUGAAACUAAAGGAUGUACCUAUAUAUAUCAUAAAAUAUUUAAUCGUUGUCACGUACUAGAUAUAAGUAAACCGUUGCUGGAGGAAAGGAAGAGGAAUACAAGUACUGGUUAUUUUUACACGAAAACAUAUUAUUAUGAUAAUCGUGAUACAAAUUAUUUUAAGAAGAAACGCGACUGCCAUUUUUUAAAUUCUAAAUCUAAAUCCAAAUAAAAUUUGCAAAUUCUAAAUUCAAAUUUGUUAUUCUAAUUUAAACAGAAGAAUAAGUUUUGAGGUCCUAAAGGUCCUAACGGUCCAAUCUUUUCCGCUGCAUAGUUAAAAAUUGGCUGACACCCGUGGGUCAAGUUCUUUUUUGAAGUACCUAUAAUUGUUUUUUGCGACACUAUUUUUGCCGGUGUCGUUUAUAAAAAUCUUCAAUAAAUAAAAUUUAUAAGUACAUAUAUACUAUGAAGAGAAACGAGAUGAAGUUGAUUAAUUUGAGACUUGAGCCCCAGAAGCUAAUCCAGCGGUUUUAUUUCAUUUUCCCACAUUUUAACACAUUUACAAAUGCUAAACAGUUAAUAAGCUAUCGUUAUUAAACAUUUAAACCUAAAGGUAUCUACACUAAAUUAACAAACAUAACUUCACAACCAAAAAAGCGUUUCGUGCAACGCUGGGAUUCGCAAAGAUUCUCACAAGUAUGAGGCCUUCUCUUGAUAUGUCCAGAUUCAUGAAAUAUGUAGGUAUCUAUGGAUGUCGUAACAAAAGGAGAAGUAGGUUAUUUUAGUUACGUUUCGGCAAUGGUUUUCUCUCAACGCCAUUUUUGUUUAAAAGAGAUUAAAGAAACUUUGUUACCGUAGUUUUAAUUGUAGCAAGAAUAUAAUUAUGCCAUAUUUGAUUCUCGUAGCCUUUUGCUAAUUUUGUUGAUGUUAACAUACUGUUAUGUACAUACCUAAAUACUUUUCUUAGCAUUUCAUUUGAUCGUUGAAUGUAGAAAGUAAGUUAGCAUAAGUUAGUAAUUAACACAUUUAUUAAAUUUAUGAAAGGAAAUCUAUUUAUAUAAAAAUGAAUUGCUGUUCGUUAGUCUCGCUAAAACUCGAGAACGGCCCGACCGACUUUGCUAAUUUUGGUCUUGAAUUAUUUAUGGAAGUCCAGAGAAGGUUUAAAAGGUAAAUAAAUGUGAAAAUGCUGGGACUUAAAUAAAAAUAACAAUUUUGUUUUUCCUUUGAUGUGUCCCCCGUCGGACGGAUUCCUUUUGUUUGUUUUAAGUUUAUUUUAUACAAAAGUUUAGGUCUUUUAUUUAUCGAUUGACGCACUACGAAGUCUGCCGGGUCAGCUAGUUCAUUUAUAAAAGGACAAAUAGGUAUGAAUGAUUUGUUAAAGGAAUUAUAUAUAAACAGAGAUAGAUUGUUAUGGCAUAUGAAACGAACGAACAGUUUGCAUUUAAUUAUUUUAUUUACGUAGGUACAUAGAGUUUAGUAAAAUUUUGUUGAUAGUUUUAAGGAAAGUAAGUAAGUCGUCGUGGCCUAAAGAAUAAGACGUCCGGUGCAUUCGUAUCUAGCGAUGUAACGGUGUUCGAAUCCCGCAGGCGAGUACCAAUUUUUCUAAUGAAAUACGUACUUAACAAAUGUUCACGAUUGACUUUCACGGUAAAGGAAUAAUAUCGUGUAAUAAAAAUCAAACCCGCAAAUUUUAAUUUGCGUAAUGACUGGUGGUAGGACCUCUUGUGAGUCCGCGCAGGUAGGUACCACCACCCUGCCUAUUUCUGCCGUGAAGCAGUAAUGCGUUUCGGUUUAACCCCACCCUUUAAAGCUGUAAAGCUGUAGCAGCUGUUGUAAUUAUACUUGAGACCUUAGAACUUAUAUCUCAAGGUGGGUGGCGCAUUUACGUUAUAGAUGUCUAUGGGUUCCAGUGACCACUUAGCACCAGGUGGGCUGUGAGCUCGUCCACCCAUCUAAGCAAUAAAAAAAUAAAAAGUAAAAUAAAACGCGGCAUAAAAAUUCGUUCUAUCGCUAAUUAAUUUCUAGUAUUACAACAACUCGUGUAAAUAAUAAAUAUUAUUCAUUAUAAAAGCCUUGUACCUCAUUUACAACAAAAUUAUAAAUUAGUAUCUAAUUUUAAGAUUUCUUUUAUUUUCUUAUAUAUAUAGAAAGUGAGUUGUCACCAUGUCAUGUCAAGGACAACUGCAAUAAAUGCAAUGCCAGGGAUACAGCAAAGUCGCUGUCGUCCGUUCUAACAGUAACAUCUAUGAAACAGUAUUUUCUUUUUAUUAUGCCUAACAUCAAUUUAAUUUUGUAAAAUUAAAUACUACUUCUACAAUGCAUUAAGCCUAUAACAAUACAGUCUAAAAACGAACACAUUGCUUUUCAAUUUCAAAUGGGCAUAAUUUAUUUUAUUUAUAUUUGUUGUUACCUUCAUAAAGAAAAGACUUAAGUAGUUAUUUACGUAAUAAAACCAUAUUUUUGUCGUACUUUUCGAUUAAUUAAGCUAUAAAUACUUUAAUAAACCACCUAUAAUUAAGAUUUAGAUACAUAGUAUUUUAAUGCAUUUAAUAAAUACCUAAUAUCCAAAGUCAA